UGUCCCUCCUCCUCCUCCUCUUCGUCUCCAAAGCCGGGGAGAAAUAGAGGGAGGCUACUGCUCGGGAGAUCCCUGCAGAAACAAGAGACUGACCGGAAGGCGGUUCUCUCCUGGUGGGGGCUCUUUUCCCUCCGCCCCAGGUCCUUCCAAGCCCCCGCCCCCCGUCUUGCCUUCCUUCCCGUCCCUGGGAGAGUCACUCUGCUCUGCUGCUGCACCGCACCCCAGCUGCACUUUGCAGAUCCUUGGAGGGAGCUGCUGUGCUGAGGCUGCAGGGAGAAGCUGAGUUUUGUGUGAUGCAGUGGUUAGAGUGCUGGACUAGGACCGGGAAGACCCGAGUUCAAAUCCCCAUUCAGCCAUAAUACUUGUUGGGUGACUCUGGGCCAGUCACUUCUCUCUCAGCCAAACCUACUUCACCGGGUUGUUGUGAGGAGAAACUUAACUAUGUACGCUGCCCUGGGCUCCUUGGAGGAAGAGCGGAAUAUAAAUGUUUAAAUAAUAAAUAAAUAAAAACUUCCACCUUUACAAAGACUCAUUGGCCUGUGAGACUAAGCAGUGACUCUUCUUGCCCUGGGAAUUAAAGUAGUAUCAGAGGAAGGAGAGAUUUGGGCCAUGUUAGGAGCUUGAAUUGAGCUCCAAGAGAAAAUGGAUUUGCAAACCCCAGCAAACUGUGAAUUGUGGAAGAGAGCAGAAAAAGAUCCUCGAGCCAUCCAGGCUGGGAAUGACAGGAAUUGGGGAAUAACCAUGCAGAGGAUCCUGGGAGACGUCACCACCAACGCAGAUGUCCAGCACUGGGAAUUCAGGGAGUUCCUGUACCAGAAGGCUGAGGGUCCUCGGGAGGUUUGCAGCCAACUCCACCACCUUUGCUGUCAGUGGCUGAAGCCAGAGAGACACACGAAAGCUCAGAUGCUGGACCUGGUGAUCCUGGAGCAGUUCCUAACUGUCCUGCCCCCAGAGCUGGGAAGCUGGGUCAGAGAAUGUGGAGCAGAGACCAGUUCCCAGGCAGUGGCCCUGGCAGAAGGUUUCCUCCUGAGCCAGGCAGAGGAGAAGAAGCGGGAAGAGCAGCAGAUGCAAGAGAUGUUUUCCAAAGUGGUGUCUGGUUUCCCAGGGGCAGAAGAGGCUCCGUCUGACACCACCAGGCAGAGGCUGAAUUUCAGGAGGAUUGUGCCGGAGGGAGAUGGAGCUGCCACUUUGAUGGGUGGUGAAAUGACCAAUAGGCUUCAUUCUAGGCCUUCUCCUCUUUAUGGCGGAGCAGAAGCUGUUGCUGGGCCAUCACCAGAUCAGGGACCGGUGAGCUUUGAGGAGGUGGCUGUGUGUUUCUCCGAGGAGGAGUGGGCUCUGCUGCAUCCAGGCCAAAGGGCUCUCCACAGGGAAGUCAUGGAGGAGAAUUCUGGGCAUCUGGCCUGGCUGGGACUUCCACUUUCCAAACCUGACCUCACCUCCUGGCUGGAAGGAGAGAAAGACCUAUUGGUCAAGAGCUUUGAGGAAGGAGAGAGCUCAGCAGGUGAUGGGAGGAAGAGUAAGAGAGUGGAUGAACAGCAGAGAAGAAAAACUAAAACAGAAAAGAGGAGGAAGCAGAAAUCCCUUGCUUCUGAAGGAGCUGACUUCCAUGAAAUUCUAGCAUUGGAAGAAGAUCACAAAAUAACCGAAGAGAACAAGUUCUCUCAGUGUGCAAAGAUCUUACCUAGCAAAUCAUGUCUUCACGAACAAAAAAGAGUGCCUACAGCAGAGAAACCAUUUAAAUGCUUAGAAUGUGGAAAGAGCUUCAACCGGAAGAUCUACCUUACCAUACAUCAAAGAAUCCACACAGGCAAGAAACCAUUUAAAUGCUCCAAGUGUGGAAAGAGCUUCAGUAGGCGGGCAGGCCUCACUAGACAUCAACAGGUCCACACUGGAGAUAAACCUUAUCAAUGUUCAGAGUGUGGAAAGAGUUUUUCUCAGAGACAUAGCCGUAAUUACCAUCAACAAAUGCACAGAGGGAGGAUGUUAUUUAUAUGUUCCGAGUGUGGAAAGAGCUUCAGUCACAGGCAAAGUCUUGCUUUACAUCACAGGAUCCACAGCGGGGAGAAGUCGUUCGCAUGUCUACAGUGUGGAAAGAGCUUUUUUCUGAGUAGUAGCCUUAUUAACCAUCAAAGAAUCCACACAGGGGAAAAACUAUUUACAUGUUCUGUGUGUGGAAAGAGUUUCCACCAGAGGAUGCAACUUAUUAUACAUCAAAGAAUACACACAGGAGAGAAACCAUAUCAAUGCUCUGAGUGUGGAAAGAGGUUUAAACAGAGGGUACACCUUAUUGUGCACCAAAGAAUCCAUACAGGGGAGAAACCAUUUACAUGCUCGGAGUGUGGAAAGAGCUUCACUCAGAGCACAGCCCUUGCUUCACAUGCAAGAAUCCACACAGGAGAGAGACCAUUUAAAUGCUCAAUGUGUGGAAAGGGCUUCAACCAGAAGACUCACCUUAUUGUACAUCAAAGAAUCCAUGCAAGCAACAAUCCUUUUACAUGUUCAGAGUGUGGAAAGAGCUUCAGUAACAGGAUAGGCCUUAGUCAACAUCAGGCAGUUCACAGUGGGGAGAAAUUGUUUAAAUGCACAAAGUGUGGAAAGAGUUUUAACCAAAAGAUCCAUCUUACAACACAUCAGAAAGAUCACAGAGGGGAGAAACCAUUCGCAUGCUCUGAGUGUGGAAAGAGCUUCGCUCAGAGCAAUGGCCUUAAACACCAUAAAAAAAUCCACACAGGGGAGAUGUCAUUUAUAUGCUCUGAAUGUGGAAAGAGCUUUAGUUAUAGACAAAGCCUUGUUUUACACCAAAGAAUCCACACAGGGGAGAAGCCAUUUGCAUGCCUAGAGUGUGGAAAGAGCUUUUUUCUGAACAGCAGCCUCACUAACCAUCGAAGAAUCCACACAGGGGAGCAGCCAUUUGCAUGCUCGGCCUGUGGAAAGAGCUUCAGUCGGAGGGUACACCUUGUUGAUCAUCAAAGAAUCCACACGGGGGAGAAGCCUUUUGCAUGUGCUGAGUGUGGAAAAAGCUUUAGUCAGCGCACUAGCCUGACUUCUCAUCAAAGAAUCCAUACAGGAGAGAAACCAUAUCAGUGCUCAGAGUGUGGAAAAAGCUUUAGUCAGCGGGCCAACCUUACUACACAUCGAAGAGUCCACACAGGGGAGAAACCAUACAAUUGUUCAGUGUGUGGAAAAAGCUUCAGUCAGAGGACAAACCUUACUGCCCAUGAGAAAGUACACUCAGGGGAGAAGUGUUAAAAUGCUCAAUGUAUGGAAAGGUCUCCUGUCUGAGUGUAAAGUAAAAAUUAAUGUUGAGCUGUCAAGUCGGUGUCGACUCCUGGCGACCACAGAGCCAUGUGGUUGUCUUUGGUAGAAUACAGGAGGGGUUGACCAUUGCCAUCUCUCACGCAGUAUGAGAUGAUGCCCUUCAGCAUCUUCCUAUAUCACUGCUGCCCGAUAUAGGUGUUUCCCAUAGUCUGGGGAACAUACCAGCAGGGAUUCGAACCAGCAACCUCUUGCUUCCCUGCUGCGCCAUUGUCUGAUUGUACAUGUUGUUAAUUCACCCAGGAGAGAUUCCUGUAAAUCCUAGGCAUCCUUGAAGUGAGGAAAGAUCCGAACAGAGAUUUUCAUGUCGAAUGGCCAACAGCUAGGCUAACACUGUGCACACUCACUAGACUAACACUGGACUAGACCAACAAAGUUGUGCACCUGCAAAAAGGCCACAUGGCUUCCCCAAGUUGCAUUCUUACAGAAAUAACAUAAUUAGAGAAAGAGGUUGUCACAGGAGGUUGCACACCUUGUUACUCAAAUGCAAGGAUGUUUGUGCUAGCACAACACCAGUCUGGAAUGCAAGCUUCCAAAGUUGCACAAUUCACUAGCACAACAUUCAUGCACUAGCGCAACGUUCUUGGCAAGCGCAACAUUAGUCUGGAAGGAUGCUGGCAGAUGCUCUACCUGAUAUAUAUCCAUUUUUCAUUCUGUGGAGAUGAUUGGCAAUAGCUAUUAAGUGCUAUACAAUCUAGUUAAUUCAAUAACUGCAAUAAUUUGGAGUUCUGACAUUUUUGCAACUGGUUUUGAUGGAGUUCCAGCAAUUGUUAGUGCCCUUUCAACACCAAUUCACAUAAAUAUCAGAGCCUAGCCUAGUACUCCUAGCCUAGUGAUCAUCACUGCUUACUGUUAAGUACAAUAGGCCCCUUCCAUGGAAGGGAAGCAAGAGCAGGUACUUACAAAGGGCUGUUUUUAUCAGAAAUUAAACAGUCUGACCAAUCAUAAACUGAGAAAAUUCAGUAAAACUUACAGGUAGGCAGUCUUUCUGCAAGCAGAGCUCUGGAGUAAUCUAUAGGCCAGGUCCCCAAGCAGAAAAAGAAUUGGUGGCUGCUUAGGUGAUGGCCAUUUGGGUUUAGGGUGUGCUACAGAGGUUUACAGCCACUUUGCUCUUUCCACCUAAUCACAAGCAAAAAGAAAAAGAAAAAAGGGAAAAAAGGGUUUGCCUUGGGGAAUUGGGAACCGGGUACAGUCUUUACCAGGGGUGGCCAGGCUGAGGCCCUCCAUCGUGCAAUGUAGUAAUCCUGCCUGGGCAUAGGAGUGGAAGGAAGUGUGUGUGGAUACCUCUCUUGAACUACACUGACAAGUCUAAUGCAACACACAACAAACCAGGAUGUUUGAAAUCCACCCUCAUUUAUUUAAAAAAACAAAAAGACUUUGAUAUACAAAGUUAACAUCACUUGACAUUAUUGAUGACGAUGACUGUUCUUGCUUGACUGUCGUCGUUUUUGUUGUUGUGGAAAUGUCAAAAUAAAAAGCAUUUUUUAAAAAUA